CGGACAUUUUAUCUCCUGUUAUUUCCGGUCGCCUCUCCUUCCCUUCAAACCUCUCUGUAAAUCGCCAUUGUUGUAGCUAGUUAAUCGUGAUUUAGUUCUGGUCUACUUGCUAGUGAAAAUUACUAAACAAAUGCCGAAAAUCAUAUCAACUCUCUAAUAAGCACACACACUCGAAGUUUCCUUCUCGUUGCUUUGGUGUGUAGCCAAAAACGCGUUUCUCCUUCUAUUUGCGAAAGCUACCUCUUCGUUUUUAGUUUCCGAUUGCAGUCGUCGCCAUUGUAGGCGCUUACGAUACCUUGAGAUUUACAUCAAGUGUCGCAAUUUCUCGUUGAGCGAAAGGAUAGAUCAUAAACACACAAAUGGCCUCGAUCUAAGAGUUAAAGCAUACUCUGCUUUCCCUCCUAUUUAAUAACGUUCUUUCCCUUUAUAUCAUCAUCUUUUUUUAUAAUCAUUCUGCGUAAAUCAUUAGAAAAUACCAUCGUCAAUCUCCUUCUAAAUCACAAUCCCUGAAUAAUCAUUACCAAUUUCUUUGUUGCAGAUGGAUUCAGUUAACCAAUCUGCACUUGCCCCAAACAAAACCAAAUUAGCUCGAACUUUCGCCAAAGUUUUAAAUAUUCGAUCUGCAAAAGUCAAACAUGAAACGCCAAUCACAGACAUCGGUCAACCAAAGUUCUUCGAUGAAGAAGACGACAAGUUUCAGAGAGCGAUUAUGGAUGCGUUUAUCGCUAAAGUGUUUUCGACAAUUUCAUCUGUGAAAGCUGCGUAUGCACAGUUUCAAUACGCUCAAUCUCCUUACGACGCCGAUGGCAUUCAGUCGGCUGAUCAGAUCGUGGUAUCGGAACUGAAAAACUUAUCGGAGUUAAAGCAAUCGUUUUUGAAGAAACACCUCGACGACAGUUCACCGGAAACCACCAUACUGCAGGCGGAGAUUCGUGAGCAGAAGAAUCUCUUACAAAUGUAUGAGAUAACCGGAAAAAAGUUAGAUAGUCAGAAAAAACUCAAGGAUUCAGAGAUCAUCUUUUUGAAAGAGAAAUUAAACGAAGCUAACAGAGAAAACAAAUCGAUCGAGAGAAGAUUAAACUCGAGUGGGCCAUUAUCGCGUCAUUUUCCAUCGUUAACCCUAAACGAUUUUCCCUCAGCUCUUCGUCAAACGACGAAAUCGAUUAGAAGUUUCGUGAGAUUUAUGAUCGGAGAAAUGGAAGUCGCCGACUGGGAUAUCGACGCCGCCGCCGGUGCAAUCCAACCGGACGUUGUUUACAGCGAGAUGAACCAUAAAUGCUACGCGUUUGAGUCGUUUGUUUGUCGAGUGAUGUUCGAUGGGUUUAACCACCGGAGUUUCUCCAUCUCCGGCGAUUCCGACACUCCGACCACCGACGAGUUCAACGAACUGAAAUCUUUCAAACCUAGAGAAUAUUUAACACGAAAACCAAAAUCCAUGUUUGCGAAAUUUUGCUGGUCAAAGUAUUUGAGACUUAUCCACCCGGUUAUGGAAUUCUCACUUUUCGGGAAUUUGAAUCAGAGAAAUCUGGUGUCCGCCGGAAAAUUCCCGGAAACAACGUUCUUCUCGUCGUUUGCUGACGUGGCAAAGCGAGUAUAUCUCCUCCAUUGUCUAGCAUUCGCCGUCGACCCCGGGGCGUCGAUUUUUCAGGUCAGAAAUGGUAGCCGGUUCACGGAGGUGUUCAUGGAAAGCGUAAACGAAGAACCGGUAAAAGCCUCGCCGGAAGUGGCGUUCACGGUGGUUCCAGGGUUUAAAGUCGGUAAAACCGUUGUACAGUGUCAAGUGUAUUUGACUUGAAGUAGUAUGAGGUUUGACCAUGAUCUGAUCGGACGGCUGACGGCGGACGACGGUGAUCUCAAUUCUCAUCUGGGCCCACAACGGGCUUAAAAGCAUGGAUCGCGACGGAAAGCGGCAUGGAGCACCGGCCUUAUGCUCCCGGUGAGGUGGGCAGUGGGCCUACGUGUCUCUUUUGACAACUGGUAUUUUUUGAAACCAUAACAUCCGAAAUAUUAAUUAUUUAUCUUGCGAUUAUAUUAAGUUAUUAUUAUUAAUGAUAAUAUAAUGGUAUUAGAUAUUUGUUUAUAUUAGUUAUGUUUUCAAAGUUUCGAAGGGGUAAGGACUGAAGGGUAAUGCUUAGAACGUGUGAACUUGGUUUUGUUCAAAGGAUUCCUGACAGUGUAAUUGUAUGUAUCUUCUUCUGGUGA